AUGGAAGCUUUUGAUCACACCCACUAUGUCACCACCUUUCCGUUUUCUUAUCCUUUCGCAACCACCAACACCACUACCACCACAAUCUCUCCAUGGAUGGACAGCAGGAUAUGGAGUAAACUCCCCCAAAGACUUGUUGAUCGAGUCAUCGCCUUCUUGCCACCACCUGCGUUCUUCAGAGCUCGAUCUGUAUGCAAGAGAUGGUACUCUCUCUUGUUCUCUCACAGCUUCCUUCAAAUGUAUCUUCAGAUCAACCCAAAACCCUACUUUUUCAUCUUCUUCAAACAAAAAACCACUCAUCCUAAAACCACCACCACCACCUUUAAAACCACCAACACCACCGCUGCCGAUAACGUUGUCCCUCAGGAGGGUUACAUCUUUGAUCCCGAAACUCUUUCGUGGCAUCGUCUCGUUUUCCCAUUAAUCCCACAGGGGUUUUCUCCCACGUGUUCCUCUGGUGGACUCAUCUGUUGGGUGUCUGAUGAAGCAGGUUCGAAAGGCCUGCUCCUUUCAAACCCCCUCUUCACAUCUCUAGUAACUCCACUUCCUUCCACCUUGAGGCCUAGGCUUUUCCCUUCUGUAGGGUUAACCAUAACAAACUCUUCAAUAGAUGUUAUGGUGGCAGGGGACGACAUGAUAUCUCCUUACGCCGUCAAGAAUUUGACUACGGAGAGCUUCCACGUAGACAUGGGUGGUUUUUAUUCCAUUUGGGGCACCACUUCUUCUCUCCCUAGGCUGUGUAGCCUGGAGUCUGGCAGGAUGGUGUACGUGCAGCACCAAGGAGGUUCAGCAGGGAAAUUCUACUGCAUGAACUACAGUCCUUUCAGUGUGUUGGGGUACGAUAUGUCGCGAAACGAGUGGUGUAAGAUCCAGGCUCCUAUGAGGAGGUUUCUGAGGUCUCCAAGUCUGAUUGAAAGCAAAGGGAAGCUUGUGCUGCUAGCGGCGGUGGAAAAGAGCAAGCUCAAUGUGCCGAGGAGUCUAAGAAUGUGGGCACUCCAGAGCUGCGGGACAACGUGGGUGGAGAUAGAAAGGAUGCCGCAGCAGUUGUAUGCGCAGUUUACGGAGUUGGAAGGAGGGAGAGGUUUCACUUGUGUUGGAAACGGGGAGUUUGUGGUGGUGAUGAUUAUGGGAACGGCAGCGGAGAAGGCGUUGUUGUUUGAUUUUGGGAAGAAGAGGUGGGUUUGGAUUCCUCCGUGCCCUUAUGUUAGCGGCGGCGGUGGAGGCGUCGAGUUGAAUGGCUUUGUCUACGAGCCUAGACUUGCUACGCCUGUGACUGGACUUCUUGAUCAGCUGACUACCCUUAAUCCCUUUUAG